AUGCAUCACAACAGCUCGGGCAACCUUACAGCCUCCGAAGCACCGUCCACUCCAAAGGCGAUGGACGAGCUGAUAGUCACCUCGGCUUUCGGCACCGUUUUGUCCUUCAUGUAUGUGACCGGCGUGGCAGGGAAUGUCUACACUCUGGUGGUGAUGUGCCACUCCAUGAGAUCCGCUGCAUCCAUGUAUGUCUCCAUAGUGAACCUGGCGCUGGCAGACUUGCUCUACCUCUCCACUAUCCCUUUCAUCGUUUGCACUUACUUUGUCAAGAACUGGUACUUUGGGGACAUGGGCUGCCGGAUCCUGCUCAGCCUCGACCUGCUGACCAUGCAUGCGAGCAUCUUCACGCUGACCAUCAUGUGCACCGAGCGCUACAUGGCCGUGGUGAAACCGCUGGACACGGUGAAACGAUCCAAAGGUUACAGGAAGGCGACUGCCGGGGCGGUUUGGUUGGUCAGCUUGCUGCUGACCCUCCCUGUCAUGAGUAUGGUCAAGCUGCAGGAGACCAUGAGGGAGAACGGCAGCAUCAAACGGAUGUGUGCCCCAACUUGGAGUCGAGAAUCUUACACCAUUUACCUGACUGUACUUUUCAGCACCAGUAUCGUGGCGCCGGGGGUUAUCAUCGGCUAUCUGUACACACAGUUAGCACGGACCUACCUGGAAUCCCAGAGGAACACUCUAGCGAAGAGAGAGAAUAAGAAGUCGUCCAAACAGCGAGUGGUCUUCAUGAUAUUCAGCAUUGUCGUUGUUUUCUGGGCGUGUUUCUUACCUUUCUGGCUUUGGCAGCUCAUCCGCCUCUACUGCAAAUCUUUAAAUCUGACUCUAAGGACAAUAACUUGCAUCAACUAUUUUAUGACCUGCCUGACCUACAGUAAUAGCUGCAUUAACCCUUUCUUGUACACCCUGCUGACCAAAAACUACAAAGAGUAUCUGAAAAAUAGACACAGACAUUUUCAAAGGUCAGGUUCCACGUCCUUUAAAAAGAACGCCAAUCUACGGCCAUCCAUAAAAUCCAUCUCCUCCUGUAACCAGGACAGCAACUCUUCUGAAUCAGUAGCCAUGACUCAUUUAAAAGGGUCGAAAUGA